UCUCCGCAUCACCCACAUCCGGAUAGCUGGACACCCCUAUGAUCUCCGGCCGCCAGUGAGUGGGUGGAUAAUGGAGGACCAGUCGGGGGACAGUGGCGAGGACGGAGACCACCUGUGGGCCUACAUGACGGCGGAGUGCCUGAACCAGUGUCCAGCCAAACUGUCCCCGACGAAGCGAUUGCUGAUACUUGGCGAUGACGAGGCGCACAAAAAGGCACUGGUCGCCAGGCUUCACGGAGUCUCCCCCAAAGUUGGACCCAUCAACGGUAACGGCCUCCAGUACAGCUUCUUGAACGUGAGGGACGAACUUCUGGAGAACCAGGCCAGGCUUGGGAUAUGGAUCCUUGAUGACGAUCCUUCGUUCGGAGCACUGCUCAAGUAUGUGAUGAGUGCUGAGCACUUGGAGGACACGACUGUGCUCCUUCUAGGAUCUAUGACGACGCCGUGGAACAUACGGAACAAAGUAAGCAUGUGGACUAGGCUGUUGCAAGAACAUAUCGAGAAAUUUCCUGAUACUAUCCUUUAUGAGCAGAAGGCGAAAAACUUGAACAGAUUUCGUGAGUACGUCGAGCCGGGACUGAGUAUCUACGGCAGCCUCAACGAAGAACAGAAAGAUAUUGAGAUCAAUUUAGGGGUUGACAUCAUCGUGGUGAUCACACAAACAGACCAUAUGAAAGUGCUGGAAACCGAUUACGGCUACGAAACCGAGCACUUCGAUUUCAUGCAGUUAGUUCUUAGACAGUUUUGUCUGUCAUACGGAGCUUCCCUGUUUUAUGUUUCUCUAAAAGAGGACAAAAAUUGUGAUCUUCUGCUGAAGUACAUCCUUCAUCGAAUCUAUGCCUUUCCUUUCCGGAUUCCCGCCAUUCUCCUGGAGAGGGACGCCAUCUUUGUCCCAUCAGGUUGGGACAGCGAGAACAAAAUACGAAUCCUUGCUGAGUCCCUCAACACCAUACCUUUGACCACUCCUUUCGAAGACGUUGUCUACCAACCGAGGAGGACUCUUAGUCAACAACAUCGAGCAGAAGUGGUCGCACAAUACGAUCAAGAGUUCCUCUGUAAUCUGCAGAACGCCCUAGCUCGAACUGAUCCGGAGACACCCCCUUCAGAAGUGAGAACUGAAGUAGUGCAGAGGGCAGGUCCGACCCGUAGGCCACGCCCCACAGCAGUUCCCAAAAAGCAAGCUUCAGUGGUUGUGCCAGGAAAUGGUGAUACAAUCUUGCACACGUUCUUCAAAAACUUACUGGAUAAGAGGAGAAGUCUUCCAGCCGAUCGGCCGGAUGGACUUGGUGGACGUAGGGCGUAUGACGAAAGCAGUGAACCAAAACUCGAAAAUGGGGAGCAUACGAGGCAAAGCCGGGAAUUUCAGAGAAGCAUAUCACACGCACAGAGUUCCUUCGCCGAAAAUGAAUUAGACUACGAAACAGAAGACUCAGUGGAAGAACAAUCAGACGAUACUCAAGAUUCUAAGGUGCAUCCUUUACCAGAGUACUUUAUGAGUGAUUUUGGGGAAAGUAUUCAGGAAAACAACUCAGAGGAACAUCUGGACCGUUACCCUGCUUCACGGCAGAAUUCGGAGGACAAAGCUUUGCAUUCGACGAAAGACCCUGUCGAAGUACCUCCGUUGGAAGCCAAGCACAAGUGUGAAGAGAGCUCGUCUUAGUUAUCGUCUUCCAAGCUCGUGAUAUAAUGUAUGCCUUCGUAAACUGCUUAUGUGCUCAUAUCUUUUUUCUGUUUCAUUAUCCACAGCUUAGCAAGAUGUCGGCAAAACUCCUCAAAUAAUGUGCACACAAUGAUCUCUUUUUACGUUCAUCGUACUCUUGGUUUCACCCUUAGGCUACCAACAAAACAUACAUUAUUAAUGAAAUGUAUUAUAACUACCGAUUGAACUUCAUUAACUCUAAAACUGUCUAUCUGAGGUCUCAGUUGAUCUAAGUUCUGAGAAUUAACAGUUAGACCUACUAAUCCUUAAUAGUAGUACGACUAGGAAACCUAAAUAUAUCUACACCUUACAAGACAUAAUUACUAUCAAACUUGACUCCAUUCUAAAGUACACUCUAUAUGCACAUUUUGGAGGAAAAAGAGGGUUUCACAUUUAAUAAGAUUUCUAAAAUAAAUAUUAGAUGGUAAUCUUAGGGUUUAAAAACAUCCGAUUUCUUAAAGCACGGAAAACUCGAAUCAAUGAAGUAACAGUUUAAGGUUCAAAAAUUCAAAAAAAAAAAAAAUCAUUGGUUAUAAUUUUGAUUGAAAUACUUCACGUCCAAAGACCUUAUUAAAUUGCUAACUUAUUGAGGUUCAUAAAAAAUAAUUUAAAAGAAAAUUGUGAAAUGUGAAUUCACUAUAAAUAUUUGUUGAAUAAGUCAUUCAUUUAAGUUGUACUCUAUACAGCCUCUCGACGACUUAAGUAAUACAUGCUAUUGCAAUAAAUUUAUCGUCAUAAACAGAAGUUGAACACUAAAAAUGUCGAUGUUUAUAUUCUUUACCUUCAAAACAUUUUUAUAAUUUUCUUUAACUUGUCGACAUCUUGCACAUCUAUAUAUCUAUGCAAAGCGAUGUUUGUCUGCUUAUUUUUUUUAAAACUGUUCCAUGUUUAAUUUGAAAAACAAAUGGAUAGCCAAUGUUUUAAAAUCGACUGCAAAAGUGAUAAGCUCUUUUGCGCUGCUUUCUGGCACACAUGCAGUACCCACGCUUCAAUGUUUGUGGUCGCUAUCAAAGGAUAUUUGAAACCAAUUCUAUAUUCUUUCGCUGUUACCGAAUAUACGAGUGUGUCAACCAGUAUUGUUUUCUAAAUUCUACCCAUGAUGCCCAGCACUCUUUUGCUAAAGACAAGAUAAAUGCAGCGACUAAUAAAUUUCAUUUGGUAAAGACAUGGAUGUGCGGCAUGAUUCCAAUCGCAGAAUCCAAGAAGAGACGACGGAGCUUCCAAAUAAGAAUUGUUUGGGGAAAUUUUUUGGUCUUUUGUUUCCUUUGGUAAAUUGUCCAUCAGAUAUUUUUACUUAUUUUUAAGAGUUGACGGUGCUCUGAAAACAAACAUUAAUUUUAAAUAAAUUAGGUAUUGCAUCCUCUGCUAACAAUUGCUUGUUGCUGAUGUUCAGUUAUUCGUUCAAUUCUUAAAAAUUGCAUUCACAUAACUCGAUCCCAAAGAUUAUCAAUUACCGAACAAAAGCAGCAAACAUAUUUCAUCGCCUUGCUAUUAAUCUAGUUCAGCUUUUUUUUUCUGUGAGGACGCAGUGUGUGUAGAUGGUUUUUCUUCAAUCCUUUAUUUUCGCCGAAAGCGUGCGAAAAAUUAUUUUAAGUGAAUAAAUUAUUCGCCUCUUAUAAAUCCCCAGUAUUCCUCCUAUUUGUAGCAAAAAUCAAACUAUGAACAUUAUUUUCUGAAAAUUAUACAAUUAUAAAGGGACAAAUGCAGAUUAGAUGUACAAAUUAAAUUGCUAAUACUUAUUUCUAAGUGUAGAAUUGUGUAAAUAAAAUGAUGUGAUGCAACAAACAAAGAAAGGUGUGGAACUUUUUACUUGAUUUUAUUGUUAUCAUUCAAAACAGAAGUGCUUACUUUCA